UCACUCGGACAGGGAAAAAUGAUGCACUAAUUUGCAUUCCAUGAAACCCAAAGGUUACGAGCCUACGACAAUCUGACUGACGAAGUCUUGAAUUGAUCGAAUAAUUGCCGAACGAAGUAAUAGACGAUGCGGUUGGCACACCACAAGGCGAGGAUUUGCUUCUCUUAUUGUUUUUCUCUUCGAUUUUCUUCCACAAUCUCGCCCCUUCCUUUCGUUGCUACUACAUCAGAUGCUCAAAUCCUUAAAUGUGCUCUUGAUGAUCGUAAAACCUCUUUGAAUCUGAAAGAAGUACUAAGAAUCCAUGCAAAGAUUGUCAAAUUUGGAUUUGGGAUGGAUUCCACACUCGUAUCUCGCUUGUUGAUCAAUUAUAUUGAAUGUGGACAUCUUCAUUUUGCCCGUAGUCUUCUAGGUGAAAUCCGGUUUCCAAAUUUUGAUCUAAUUACCAACAAUAAAUUGAUCUCGAGUUUUAUGAAGAAUAAAGAUGUUGAAACCGCCAAAAAGGUGUUUCUUGAUAUGCUUUUUAAAGAUGUUGUCUCGUGGAAUUCCUUGAUCGGUGGAUAUGUAAAGAAUUCUCGAUAUGAGGAGGCAAUAGGAUUGUUUAAGGAUAUGUGUUUGUCGAAUAUUGAGCCGGAUGAGUUUACAUUUUCUUCUGUUAUUGCUGGGUGUGCAGGACUUGGAGUCCUUGAUCAUGCUUUAUGGAUUCAUGGUCUUUUGAUUGACAAGAGAAUUGUAUUGAAUGACAUUUUGCUAUCUGCGAUUAUUGACAUGUAUGCAAAAUGUGGAAAAAUUGACAUUGCGAAAGAAAUUUUUCACGGCUGCCGAAGCAGAAAAAUUUCUGUUUGGAAUUCAAUGAUAACUGGCUUAGCAGCUCACGGACUUGCCUCUGAUGCUAUCUCAGUUUUUUGUCAAAUGGAGGAGGAAAAUAUUCUUCCCGACAGUAUAACAUUUCUUGGAGUUUUAACUGCGUGUAGUCGUUGUGGUUUAGUAGCGCAGGGUCAAAAAUAUUUUGACAUUAUGCGGAGACAAUACUGUAUAGAGCCGGAACUUGAGCAUUAUGGGGCCAUGGUUGAUCUUUUUGGUCGUGCUGGGCAACUAGAUGAAGCAUAUGCCACUAUCAGCGCAAUGCCAAUGUACCCUGAUUUGGUGAUAUGGAAAACGCUUCUCAGUGCAUGCAGAACUUAUAAAAAUGUAGAAUUAGGAGAAUUUGUAACCCGAAAUAUAUCAUGUCUUGAUAGUGGUGAUUAUGUCUUGCUUUCAAAUACCUAUUGCUCUUUAAAUAGGUGGACUAUCUCUGCAAACAUGAGGGAAAAUAUGAGAAGGGAAGGAAUAUACAAGGAUCAUGGAAAAAGUUGGAUUGAAUUGGCAGGGAACAUACACUAUUUUAAGGCAGGCAGUCGGGCACACCCUGAAAUUGAGGCGAUAGACAAAAUUUUGAAACAAUUGAUUAAAAGAGCCAAGUUAGAGGGUUUUGUUGCAGCAACAGAGUUGGUUUUAAUGGACGUCACAGAGGAGGAAAAAGAGGAGAAUUUGAAUUUCCACAGUGAAAAAUUGGCAUUAGCUUUUGGAGUCCUAAAAACCAGUCCACGAAGGGAAAUUCAAAUUUUGAAGAACUUAAGAAUCUGUUAUGACUGUCAUUCUUGGUUCAAAAUUAUCUCAAUAAUGUUGAGAAGGGUAAUUAUUGUUAGGGAUUGUGUCCGAUUUCAUAAAUUUGAAGCUGGUUCAUGUUCUUGUGGAGAUUACUGGUGAUUGCUGAAUAAGUUCAAAGUUAUAAGGCAUUUAACCUUCUUGAAGCACAUGAAGAUCCAAGGUUUCUUUGAGGGAAAGAUAUCGGUUAGUAUAUUUGCGUUAAUGCUGUACAUAGGGCUGACAGAAGUGGAUCUAUUUUCUGUUAAACUAGCUAAGACUAAAAUGAAGAAAAUGGAAAUACAAAAACAAUUCUAUGAUGUUGGUUUGAGUUUGGAAAUCGAGGAAUUUCACUGAGGCUGGAUGCUCACUGCUGAUUCACUUAACCCCAUUUUUAACUUCAAAGGCUCAAUGUCGUAGAAGAUUAAGUCAUCUCCAAGCAUUAAGUGUGGACCCUUGAUUGGAGGUAUCUUUUUUUCCGGCAUCUAAGAGUCUUGAUUACAACACAAAUAUUGGUGCAGGUAUGUGUCGGAUCCUACUAUAUGCAUUUGGGUAUGAUCUAAGGUGAAGGGAACAAGAGAGACAAACUGCAGGUCUGAAAAUUGUUGGGUAAGGUCCACCGUAAGGAGAUUGUGAUGUAGGGGCUUUGGAUCACAAAGAAAAGGUACUUCAAGAACAUGGUAGCUGCCUUCUCUACAUUUAGAUCUCGGGCUCUUAAGAAUCUC